AUUUGCAUGGCCCCGCCCCCUCGGUGACACGGCUGGCGCGGGCGGGCCCGUCCCCCCUGCCCCUGGGUCGCUCUUUUUAAGCUCCCCUGAGCCGGGGCUGCGCUCCUCUAAUUGGGACUCCGAGUCGGGGCUAUUUCUGGCGCUGGCGCGGCUCCAAGAAGGCAUCCGCAUUUGCUACCAGCGGCGGCCGCGGCGGAGGCAGGCCGGUCCUCAGCGCCAAGCACCGUCGCUCCCGGCAGCCCGGAGCGCGCACCGCAGGCCGGCGGCCGAGCUCGCGGAUCCCAGCCAUCACUCUUCCACCUAAUCGAAGAGGAGGAAAGAUGAGUGAGUCGAGCUCGAAGUCCAGCCAGCCCCUGGCCUCUAAGCAGGAAAAGGAUGGGACUGAGAAGCGAGGCCGGGGCAGGCCGCGCAAGCAGCCUCCGGUGAGUCCUGGGACAGCGCUGGUAGGGAGUCAGAAGGAGCCCAGCGAAGUGCCAACACCUAAGAGACCUCGGGGCCGACCAAAGGGAAGCAAAAACAAGGGUGCUGCCAAGACCCGGAAAACCGCCACAACUCCAGGAAGGAAACCAAGGGGCAGACCCAAAAAACUGGAGAAGGAGGAAGAGGAGGGCAUCUCGCAGGAGUCCUCAGAGGAGGAGCAGUGACCGUGCCUGCCGCCUGCUCCCUUCACUGAGGAGCAGCUUCUUUCUGGGACUGGACAGCUUUGCUCCGCUCCCACUGCCCUGCCCUUCCCCCCAGGCCCCCAUCACCACUGCCUCUGCCAGCCCCCCACCUGCCCUCACCUCCACACUACACAGCACACCAGCGGCUGCGGGGCCCCUAGGGGCUGUGUGGGGAGCAGUUUUCCCCUGGCCUUGGUUCCCAGCCAUCCCUCCAACCCAUGCAUACACACUUGCUCUCCUGGACAAGGCUAACAUCCCACUUAGCCGCGCUCUGCGCCUGCUCUGUCUCUACUCCCUCAACAGUGGGGACACUGCUCUGUGGGCUCUUGGUUUGGGGGCCCUCUCUGCUCCUCUACUAUUCCCUCUGGCUUCCCAUAGAGGGGCCUGGGAGGACUCCCCUGGCCUUAAAAGGGGCCCAGGCCCCAUCUCAUUCUGGCAUACCCCAUGCCACUGUCCUGGCAACAGGUGUGGCCAAUGGAGGGGGCUGCUUGGCCCCUAGCCAGCCUGUGUCUUUGUCACCAUGUUCUUCUUCCCUAGUCUCUGUAAUAGGUUGGACAGCCCCUUAGGGCACAUGAAGAAAGGUGGGAAGGGUAUGAGUCUCUUCCCCCUAAACACAGGGGGUCCUAGCCCACCUUUCCCUCCACCUGGGAUCCGAGACUAUUUGAAUGCUGGAGGCGCAGUCACCCCUUUUCCAGGAGAGGCCCAGAUUCCCUGCAGCAGCCACCUAAGGUGGGCUGGGUCUGCUUGCCCUACUCUGACUUCUCUUACCCCACCUUGCAG